AUGCGAGACUUCAAGAACAUCCACUUCAUCCAACACCAAUCCUCAUCCGUGGGGCAGAAGGGCAAGGCCUACCACAACAUCGCGGCCCACUACAAAUGGGCGCUGGACUCGGUGCUGGCCAACUUUUCCGCCGCCAUCAUCACCGAGGACGACCUGGACAUUGCGGAGGACUUUUUCAGCUACUUCGAAGCCACUCGCAAGCUCCUCGACGCCGACCCAACCAUAUGGUGCAUCUCGGCGUGGAACGACAACGGCGGCAAUCGACUGGUCGACAACAAUAAACCGGACCUCCUCUACCGGACCGACUUUUUCCCCGGCCUCGGAUGGAUGAUCAAGGCCAAUGUUUGGGAGGAGUUGACCCAGAAAUGGCCUGCCGCUUAUUGGGACGACUUUAUGAGAACCCCGGAAGCAAGGAAGAAUCGGGUUUGCAUCAGACCCGAGGUCUCCAGAACACGACACAACAAUCGGCUGGCCGGAAAAGGCAGUAGCAAGUGA